AUGUGGACAACUCGCCACCUCUCGCUGCGUUUGUUGCGUGCACGCGGCUUUUACUCCAGCUUCUUUCCAUGUGCAUCCAACAAUUGUCUGUCUGACGUUUCAGUCAGCUCUCUGUCGAUCAGCCAGGAGUCUAAAGAUGUUUUGAUGCGCGAUAUGGGCUACGAAUUCCUGACUCACGUGCAGAAGGAUACACUGCCACUCGUACUGGAAGGACGUGAUGUGCUGGCCAAGGGAAAGACUGGCAAUGGCAAGACAAUUGCCUUUUUGCUGCCAACGCUGGAGCGUUUGAUAAAGAACCCGCAGUCGAAGAAGGACAAGAUCUCUGCUCUUGUCAUCUCUCCGACUCGAGAAUUGGCGCAGCAGAUCGCAGUGGAAGCCGUGAAGCUUACAAAUGCCCAUUCACUACGCACGUCUUGCUUUGUGGGUGGCAGCUCAGUGAACAAGGAUGUGAAGGAGCUAACGCAAGCAGGAGGCAUCGAUGUGCUGGUGGCCACUCCAGGACGACUGCAAGCGCAUUUGGAAGACAACAGUGGACGCAUCAGACAGAAACUGGACAAUCUUCAGAUGCUGGUGCUGGACGAAGCUGAUCGUCUGCUGGACAUGGGAUUCCGGCCCGAUAUCAUGCGGAUAAUCAACUAUUUGCCAAAAGAGCGGCAGACGUUGCUCUUUAGUGCGACUUUGCCGACGGCGACUGAGGAGCUUAAGAAUGUGGCACUUCGUGACGACUACACGUUUGUGAAUACGAUUGAAGGGGAUGAUGAACAGACUAACUCACAGGCUGUGCAGGAAUAUGUUGUAUGCGACUUGCAAGACGUUAUUCCGGUGAUUGAAAGCGUAUUGGAAGACCACAUGAAGCUGCAAGCAUACAAGGUCAUUGUUUUCUUACCUACUGCACGUGCGGCGCAGUUCAUGGCGCAGCUUUUUCAGGCUGCAGGUUUUCCGAACGUUCUGGAGAUGCAUUCACGUAAGAGUCAAUCGGCGCGUACCAAGGCUGCUGACGCCUUUCGCAACGGUAAGAGAAUGAUUAUGUUCUCGUCUGAUGUAUCAGCACGUGGCGUCGACUACCCAGACGUCUCGCUGGUUUUGCAAGUGGGUCUCACGGAUCGUGAUCAGUAUAUACACCGCCUAGGACGAACUGCUCGUGCAGGGAUGGAAGGGCGUGGUAUUCUGGUGCUGGCUGAUUUUGAAAAAACCUUGCUUCGUGAUCUGGCUGACUUGCCGCUCUUGGAACUUAAACAGUAUCCUCAGUUCGAUAAGCAGAAAUGCCGAACUACGCGUGCCCUUGCAAAUGUUCGUGACCGCAGUGCGCUGGAGCAAUCGGCAGAGAAAGCGUAUGCUGCUUUUUUGGGGUUCUACAACUCGAAUCUCAAAAAGCUCCGCAUGUCCAAAAUGCAGCUUGUUGAGACAAGUGCACUCUACAGCCAGUUUAUUGGGCUUGAAAAGGUACCGAUGCUGCAGAAGAAGACGCUACGAGCGAUGGGAUUGAUGGACAUUCCAGGCCUUGCUGCUGCCCCCAAAAUGGCCAGAACUGCAGGAUUCAAGCCCAAAGGUCCUGGAAGAGAGCUGAAGACAUCUACCAGUAAAGAGCAGACUAGCUAUCAAUCACUUUACAGCCGAAAGAAUAGAGAUAGUCGUGGGACCAAUGAUAAGCGUGGGCGAAGUUUGAGUAGAACGUAUAGCGACGAGGAAACCAAGCCUUCUCGUAGUGAGCUGCAACUCAAGAACAAUCGCAGCAGUCGCAACACUUCACCAGAAUGGCGCACCGAUGGACGCAAGAGUUCCGGUAGCAUGGCGUCCAAGAGAAACUACAAGGGACCGUACACCGGAUAG